CCUGAAAGGACGAAGACACGUUCUGGGCAAGAUGGCGGCUGCCAUGGUGGGCUCACGUGGGGAAACAGAAGCCGCCGGCUCCGAAGUGUUGGAGAGCGAUGGUGGGUCUGAGUGGAGCUCGGAUGUACCAGAGGACAGCUUCUCAUCUGGGGGUGAAGAGCCGGAUGGUGAGGAUGAGUCAAAGACCCUGGCCACUGAAGCCCAGGAGGCAGCAGAGUCCAAAGAGACCGGCAAUGCUGGUUGGGCUGAUGCCAUGGCCAAAGUGCUUAAUAAAAAGGUUCCCAAGAGUAAGCCCACCAUAUUGGUUAAAAACAAGGAGCGGGAUGCAGAAAGAGAAAAGGAAAAACAAGAGAGGCUGAAGAGGAGAAGACAGAUUGAUAAAAAGCGGGAGUGGGAAAUGAUGUGCAGAGUGAAGCCAGAUGUUGUCAAAGACAGAGAAAUGGAGAGAAACCUUCAGAGAAUUGCCACGAGGGGAGUUGUUCAGUUAUUCAACGCUGUCCGGAAGCAUCAAAAAAACGUUGAUGAGAAGGCGAAAGAAGCAGGGAGUUCCGAUAGAAAACGUGCUAAAUUGAUCUCGUCUGUUUCAAAAAGAGACUUUAUCAAUGUACUAAGAGGAAUGGAAGGAAUGGAAGCUGAACAAAGUGUUGCCAAUAAAUCCUUGAAAAGCAAUCAGGUUGAAUCUAAAUCAGAAGAAGGGCCAGCAUGGAGUAUAUUGCGAGACGACUUCAUGAUGGGAGCCUCAAUGAAAGACUGGGAUAAAGAGAGUGAUGGGGAAAACAAUGCUGGACAAGACAAUGGUGUCAAACAGGAAAGUGAGAGUGACUCCGACUGAUGAACUCCAAAGUGGUUCCAAAAUCUAUGUGUAUUUCCGUGGAACGCAUAGGAUUUUUAAGGUUGCCUUUUUAUACAAAAAGCAAAGAACCACUUUAAAGGUUGAGGAACUCAUUUUAACAACGGAAGCAUCGUCUUAACAGUCCUGAAAUCUGUAGUAUUUCGUCACCAAACUGGUCUUCAUUUUCUGCAUAUUUCCAGAACACUUUGUACAGUCAAAGCAGUGGCAUCUGCCCAAUCAGAAAGAGGAGUGAGGUUUGUGAAGGAUGCUAAGAGUUUAAAUAUUGAUUAACAUUGCUGUAGUAUUGUGCUCGACUUUCCACCUCAAUAUUUGUAACUUGGCUAUGUGUUGGUUGGCUCAUAAAAUAAAUAGCAAAAUACCCUUU